GCGAUCUACACGGCGGAGAUGAUAAUAAAGUGCAUCGCGAAGGGUUUCAUACUGAACAAGUACACCUACCUGCGGAACCCUUGGAAUUGGCUGGACUUCGUGGUGAUCACGUCGGGGUAUGCCACCAUCGGAAUGGAGGUGGGAAACCUGGCUGGCUUGAGGACGUUCAGGGUGCUUAGAGCUUUGAAGACUGUAUCUAUUAUGCCAGGCCUGAAGACCAUCAUCAACGCACUGCUCCACUCCUUCAAACAGCUGGCGGAGGUCAUGACCCUCACCAUCUUCUGCCUUAUGGUCUUCGCGCUGUUCGCCUUACAAGUCUACAUGGGGGAGCUGAGGAACAAAUGUGUGAGGAACCUCGUCGUGCCGCCUGGGGAGAAUUACACAGAUGAAAUGUGGUCACAGUGGAUAGCAGACCCAUCGAACUGGAUAGUGGACGACGAAGACAUCCCUAUAAUCUGCGGCAACCUGACAGGAGCGCGCCACUGCCCGCCUACGCACACCUGCCUCUGUGUGGGCCCAAACCCCAACCAUGGGUACACCAACUUCGACAACUUCCUGUGGUCCAUGCUCACCACCUUUCAACUCAUCACGCUGGAUUAUUGGGAAAAUGUGUAUAAUAUGGUGCUGUCAUCGUGCGGGCCGAUGUCGGUAUCCUUCUUCACAGUGGUGGUGUUCUUCGGGUCUUUCUACCUCAUCAACCUGAUGCUGGCUGUAGUGGCUCUCAGCUAUGAAGAGGAGUCACAGAUCACGCAAGAGGAAAGAAAAAAGGACCUGAACGAGCACCGCGACGAUUCCACAUUCAGCUUCGAUCCCACAUCCUUGGCUGUGCGGACACUGGCCAAGGACUCUAAGGAGCGAAUGGACACCAGAAAGUGGCUGCUGCUAGCCUCGUACUCCAGGAAGAGGACCAGGAGACGCAAGCGGGGGCGGAGCGCCAUCCACCACGCGCCUGCAGUCGCCGCCGUGGCUGAGAGGGCGAGAUCUCGUUCCCGCUCGCGGUCGGUGACCCCGAGCGCGUCGCCCCCCCUCCCGGCGCUCCCCCCGCCGCCCCCGCCGCCCCACACCCUUCACCCGGACAAUGCCUUAGGACGCGGUGCACUAAGCGCAGCUGGCCGUCAGCUAAGCGACCACAGCAACAACCGAGAAUCCUCACUGGAUGACUCCGGCGUUGUGGAUGAUCACGACGACGGCGAGCACACGUCGGAUGACCAAGCCCCGCACCCACAUCCUCGCAGGGUGCAUCUACUGCCGGUGCCAACGGCACCGCCGUUGGAGCACCCGCCUACACCCAUGCCCAUGCCCAUGCCUAUGCCCAUGCCUAUGCCCAUGCCGCAAAUACAGCAGGAAAGACCAAAGCUCGAGCCAAAACAAAAACACCCGAAAAAAGUGGAAAAGCAGCUGGACAAAUCGAAGAAAUCAGAAAAAGGCAGCAUCCAGGAGAAGUAUCCACUGAAUCCAGACUACCUCAACCAGAUCGUAGUGCUAGGGGCGGACUGGCCAUACAAGCGCGCGCCCGACCUCCCGCAAGCGGAGACGACGAAAAUUAAUGAGCUCAGUUUAUUGGCAGCCACGCACAAAUCUCAUAUGGGCAAUUACGAGCAAAAUUGCACUUACUUCACAGAUGAGCUUGUGGAUCGAAACUGUGAAUGCUGCGUAACAUGCUGCAUAGACUAUGAAGGCUGGCUCCAAUUCCAGAACUGUUUGUAUGGGAUUGUGAAGGAUCCACUCUUCGAGUUGUUCAUAACAACCUGUAUAGUCCUCAAUACACUUUUCCUUGCCUUAGAGCAUCAUGGGAUGAGUGAGAAUGUUAGACAAGCAUUAGAUAUAGGAAAUAAGGUGUUCACAUCUAUAUUUACAUUAGAAUGUAUAAUGAAAGUGAUGGCGAUGAGCAAAGACUUUUUUGCUUGCGGGUGGAAUAUAUUCGAUUUGAUAAUAGUAUCAGCCAGCCUUUUAGAUCUCAUAUUUGAGCUCGUGGAUGGCCUAUCUGUGUUACGGGGCCUUCGUUUGUUACGAGUGUUAAAGUUAGCUCAGUCAUGGACUACAAUGAAAGUGUUGUUGAGUAUUAUAAUAUCGACAAUAGGUGCUCUCGGUAAUUUGACGUUCGUUUUAGUGAUAGUUAUAUACAUAUUCGCUGUGAUCGGCAUGCAGUUGUUCUCCAAGUCCUACACGCCGGACAAGUUUGAGCCGGACCCUGUGCCCAGAUGGAAUUUCAACGACUUCUUCCACUCGUUCAUGAUGAUAUUCCGGAUUCUAUGCGGAGAGUGGAUCGAGCCUCUCUGGGACUGCAUGAGGGCGGAGCAGGCUAGCGGCGCCGAAAGCUGCUUCUUCAUCUUCUUGCCUGCACUCGUUAUGGGGAACUUCAUGGUGCUCAACCUCUUCCUUGCCUUGCUGCUCAAUAGCUUUAACAGUGAGGAACUUAAGAAUAAGAAGGAGGAAGUAGGUGAAGAUUCAAAAUUAGCUAAAAGUUUCGAUAGAAUACGUUCGAUAGUAAGAAAAAAAGGUUUCCUUAUAUCGAGAAGUAAAGAGACUGAAAAAAAAUCUAAAUUAGAAGAGCUAGUUAAUGAAUAUAUGACACAACAACGCACCAUAAAAGAGCAAAAGCCGUCAAUACCGAGCGAGCAGAGGUUCUCAUCUUCAAUACAGGAGACGAUACUUUUUCCGCACGAUAAUAUUUACAGUCACAGUUAUCAAGAAGCAUUAAAUAGGCCAGUAUCAGUAGGAUCAGAUUUUGCAUUCCCCCCUAUCUACCAGAGCGGGAAUAACUUUAACCACGGAAGCCAAGAAACUUUGAAAGACGUGCGUGACUUGGCGGCCGAACAUAAAAUUACAAGUAUUAGGGAAGAUUCCAAAGAAAACUUGGAGGACACGUCAUCCAUCGAGCAAGUUGCAGCGCAGAAAUUACUAAACCAAAUGUCUUCUGGAUAUCACACGCAGCCAUCUGAUUCGAGAGAGGACAAUGAAAAUUACGAAAUGGCUCAGUUAUCGAGCAAAACAACUCCAGAGAAAAUCAGAAGACGUGAGGGAGGGCGGGAGACACCAAUCACAUUAUGUAAGGAAAAUGGGAACAAACCUGAUGAAGAAGAAAUGAAACAUCCGUGGCAAACUUUAGUCUCAUAUGUAGAUGAAUUAACCGUAGGUGGAAGGAAAAACUCCAAGGGCCAAUACGUUGAUGCAAUGGGGAACUUUCCGGGAUUUGGGAAACAGAAGGAGCCGAAAGUACCGCAGGACUGUUAUCCUCGCCAGUGUUACGACACAUGUUCCUGUUGGGACACGUGUAUCCAAACAAAAUUAGGCCAGCGUUGGAUGUUCAUCCGAACCUUCGUUCUUCGCUACGUGGACACGCCCGCCUUCGAGUGGUUCGUUUUGGUGCUAAUAUUCGCCUCCAGCAUAACCCUCUGCUUCGAAGACAUUCACCUCGAGAAGAACAAGCCACUGAAAAGAAUCCUUUACUGGACUAACCUAGGCUUCUGCAUGAUCUUCGUCAUCGAAAUGUUCCUCAAGUGGAUCGCGCUGGGGUUCUUCAGAUACUUCACCAGUUUUUGGACUUUGUUAGACUUUACUAUAGUUUUUGUGAGUAUAAAUCUACGACGUAAUAGAUGUGUGUGCACUAAAUAGCUAUUAGCUCGCGGCACUCCUGAGUUUACUCGUGUUUCGUAAGUUACCAGGGCAAGCAUUUCGUUUCAGUUAAGUGUUUAUCAACUGAUUUUGUUUGAUUUACUGGGUGUAUUUAUUUCAUGUGUUUCGAUGU